AUCUACGUCUAGCUUAAAAAAAUAAAUGAACGCUUAAAAUGCCCGUAAACAGAUUAUUUAGCGCCAAAAAAAAAAGGCCGCUGAACGAGCAUUUUUUAAAAUACGCAGCAAUGAAAAGGGCUAACGGCCGAUCAAUUAAGUCUAAAAAACGCCCGUAAUUAGGCCUAGCUCUGAAAAAGGCCACUGAACGAGCAUCACUAAUUAUAUAAACGAAUAGGCCACGCAGCGUUGACGAGGUUAACCACCGGUCACGAAUUAAAUUCAAUGCAGCUACUGUCGGCCCACAGUGAAGAAAAAAUCAAUAUACUAAUAAAAUUACUAAUACAAAAAUAAUUUCCAUAAUUUUACUUUUUCUGCACACGCUACAAUUGAAUUAUAAUUAAAAUACUAGACUUAACAGUUCAUUCCGCAAAAAACAAAAACGAGUUGUUUCUGUGAGGUAACUAGCGUAACAAUGACGUCACGAUAGUAAACAAAGCGGACAGAAAUGUCUGCAUGGGUACCUCAUAUGGAAAUUCGAUAUAAAAUAGGCGAAUCAUCAUAACUGUCCAUGUGGAAGAAAUAAGAUGGCUUCACCCAGCGAGGAAGAAGAUUUUAUGUCAUUGGCUGUUAAAAAGGAUGGGAUUUCCUUUAUCCCAGGAUUCCCUAACACAGAGACACUACAGCCUUGCAGUGACAUGCUGUUGGCUGCUUCAAAAGCUGUUUUGCAACCCUCAACCCCUCUGGAAGUUGAAAGUUUAUUCAAGUAUGGCGAGGCACAGGGGGACAAGGAAUUUAGAGAAGAACUUUCAAAGUUUUUAACUUCAGAAUACAACAGCCAGGUUGAUAGCAACAAUUUAUUUGUUACUGCUGGAGCCACCAAUGGCCUUCACCUAAUUUUGUCGCUACUGUGUGAGCCCACCAGCCCAGUGUUUAUUGAAGAUCCUAGCUACUUUAUUGGCAUCAAGCUCAUUAGAGAUGAUCUCAAGAUGGAUCUUGUAUCUGUGUACUGUGAUGAACAGGGGAUAGUACCUACACAUUUGGAGCAGGCUAUCUGUGAUUACAAGAACCAGAGCAAGGGAAGUCACUCCAAAAGAUUUUGGGCAGCUGUUUAUCUCAUCCCUGUAUUUGGUAACCCAACAGGGUGGGUGUACAGCCCAGAGCGAUGUGUAGAGCUCAUCCAUCUGGCCAGGAAACAUGAUGUUCUUCUCAUCGUGGAGGAUGUUUAUAACUUAAUUUACUACACUGACAAGUGUCCCCCGCGCUUGCUUGCAUUUGACAAGCCAUCAGACCCAGACUACGCUGCAGGACACGUCCUCUCCAACGCCACCUUCUCAAAGAUUUUUGCUCCCAGCAUUAGGCUGGGCUGGAUUGAAGGGUCAAGGCCACUCCUGUCACAGUUGUACAACAGUAACCUGAGCUUGAGUGGGGGAGGCUUGAGCCACUGCAUGGCCAGACUGAUGACCCAGGUCAUCUCUAGCGGGGCUCUGACCCAGCAUGUUAUCCAGUUGAGAGACACGUACAAGGAAAGAAUGUCUGCCUUGUGUGACUGUAUAGACCAGUUGAACAUCACAGGCUGGAGCUACACAAUACCAAAAGGAGGUUUCUUCCUGUGGCUUGUCUUCCCCCCACACAUUGAUGCAGCACAGUUUGCCAAUCUGGCAAGUCAACAUUCUGUUUUCUUCCUGCCAGGGUCAUGGUGUUCAGCUCAAGGCUCGUACAAAAACUGCGCUCGUUUGUCCUUCAGCUACAUCACGCUCCAGGAGAUUCCAGUUGGUGUACACAGACUGGCAGCUGCCUACAGGCUCUUUACCAGCACAACAACCACAUCAUGAAACCACAUCAUCAGUACAACAACCACAUCGUGAAACCACAUCAUCAGCACAACAACCACAUCAUCAGUACAACAACCACAUCAUCAGUACAACAACCACAUCAUCAGUACAACAACCACAUCAUGAAACCACAUCAUCAGCACAACAACCACAUCAUGAAACCACAUCAUCAGUACAACAACCACAUCAACAGUACAACAACCACAUCAUCAGUACAACAACCACAUCAUCAGUACAACAACCACAUCAUCAGUACAACCACAUCAUGAAACCACAUCAUCAGUACAACAACCACAUCAUCAGUACAACAACCACACCAUGAAACCACAUCAUCAGUACAACAACCACAUCAUCAGUACAACAACCACAUCAUCAGUACAACAACCACAUCAUCAGUACAACAACCACAUCAUCAGUACAACAACCACACCAUGAAACCACAUCAUCAGUACAACAACCACAUCAUCAGUACAACAACCACAUCAUCAGUACAACAACCACAUCAUCAGUACAACAACCACAUCAUCAGUACAACAACCACAUCAUCAGUACAACAACCACACCAUGAAACCACAUCAUCAGUACAACCACAUCAUGAAACCACAUCAUCAGUACAACAACCACAUCAUCAGUACAACAACCACAUCAACAGUACAACCACAUCAUGAAACCACAUCAUCAGUACAACAACCACAUCAACAGUACAACAACCACAUCAACAGUACAACCACAUCAUGAAACCACAUCAUCAGUACAACAACCACAUCAACAGUACAACCACAUCAUGAAACCACAUCAUCAGUACAACAACCACAUCAUCAGUACAACAACCACAUCAUCAGUACAACAACCACAUCAUCAGUACAACAACCACAUCAUCAGUACAACCACAUCAUGAAACCACAUCAUCAGUACAACAACCACAUCAUCAGUACAACCACAUCAUGAAACCACAUCAUCAGUACAACCACAUCAUGAAACCACAUCAUUAUAACAUGUGACAACAUCAUCUGAAUGAAAACCCCAUGAAAGUACAUUAUCAAUUCCAUAUGCCUUUUAUACUUGGAGACAUUAUAUUACACUCAUUUAUUUCAUAGAGCGAAUUAGUCCUUAGGUGGACUUUGUUAUUACAAAAACCACUACCUCCACCCUACCCCCCUCCCUAAUGCCAAAACUGUAGCCACUUUAGUGGUGGGCUCAAGAUUUGGAUGUUGGUCAAAAUAUAUGGGCUUUGUUACACAAGACAAAUUGUUACGCUAGACAGAUUGUGACAUAAGACAAAUAAAAAUGUAUGUUA